AAUAAUAUCAUCAUACAUAGAACCUUGUUUUUGUUGCCCCCUACACCACCAAUUGAAGCAGUUUUAGAAGCACAAGAAGAGAAGCAGAAAAGUACAGAGCAAUGGCAUCAUCAGUGAUGGCUUCAGUGAGCUUAAAACCUGCACCUUUCACUGCUGAGAGGUCCUCAGUUAGAGGGAUCCCAUCCCUUUCAAGGGCACCCUCUUCCUUCAAAGUCGUGGCCAGUGGUGGCAAGAAAAUCAAGACUGAUAAGCCUUAUGGAAUUAAUGGAGGCAUGAACUUGAGGGAUGGACUUGAUGCAUCUGGCAGGAAAGGAAAGGGAAAGGGUGUGUACCAGUUUGUGGACAAGUACGGUGCUAAUGUCGAUGGUUACAGUCCUAUCUACGAUACAAAGGAUUGGUCUCCCACUGGUGAUGUCUACACUGGCGGUACGACUGGCUUGGCUAUCUGGGCUGUGACUCUUGUUGGCCUUCUUGCUGGUGGUGCACUUCUUGUCUACAACACAAGUGCUUUGUCACAAUAGACCAAGUGUUAUACAAUUACAUGUAACUAAGAUUGAAGGGAUAUAAUUGUUCAAGUACUUCGUGGAUAUUAUGGUUUAAUUUCCUUCAGUUUAGAUGUAUGUAUGUUGCGUGUAUUAAAAAGGUUACUGCUCCUUGUUCCUCUUUUAAUCUAAGACCUCUUACGCAA